AUGGCUGAAAAAUCCCUGCAUGCAGAUCCCAAUCACGAUGCUUGUAUUCCUUGUUCAAAUAAUGACUGCCCUCAUCCGAUAUGCAUCAACGCCAAGCUUUCUAAAAUGAAGAAGAUGAAUGCACAGGGCAGACGAGCUGGCAAACGUAGGUCUGGAGGAGAGACCGUCGUGCUCCAAAAUAGCGGAAUGGAGAGCUCUGCAAAUGAAGAUGAAAGGGAACUGAUGUGGCAAGACCUUCUAGGUGUACUGGAGAUACCUGCUGAUGACAACGAUUCCAACGGUGCCUUUUUUUCUGAAGAGAGCAGUGCACAUGCCAUACUGGAUGGGAAAAAUGAUCCUCAAGACGAACCGAUUGCCGCAUCACAACCGCAUCGUUGGGACCACGAAAUGCAGGGUCUUGGAAACGAAUCAGAAACACACAUCCCUGGCUUACAUAAUUGUAUGGAAGAGAGUACUGCGCGUUCUCGAUGCGUUCAGAAAUUCCCUUGUUUGGUGAGAAGCUCUAAAGCUUGCAGUCAUCAAAUAGUACCAGUAAGUCAGCCACUACCAACGGAACAAGCUGGGUCCAACUGUAACGGUACUGCUGCAUUUUCCCACGACCCACAGCUUAGGACCAUGGCUCAUUUAGUGGCCAACAUACCAACUAUUCAGUACGGUGUAAAUCGUGGCAUCGAAUCUGACAUGGCACGAAAUCCAUCCUAUAGAGUACAGUAUAUGAGUAAGUUGUUUGGAAUCCUUUCUUUAAUUUUCCAAGCUUUUGAAGGUCCUUGUACAGCAGGCCUUGAGGAACAUUACGCAACUGUUUUACAAAGGGCUCUCGAUGAAAUUCUUCAUGCUAAAGGACUGUGUAAAUAG